AUGAGCAGCAAUGAAAAUAAUCAGUCGAAUCCCAGAAAGCGCAGAAGACCUGCGCUAUCCUGCGAGCAAUGUCGACGACGCAAGGUGCGAUGCGACCGGGAAAUGCCAUGUGGUCCCUGCAUCAGGUCUCAUCCCUUGCUGGACUGCGCAUAUGUCGACGAAGGAAAAGCCGCUUUGGACGCGAAACUUGGGCCUACCCGUAUAAGCGAACCUGAUUCGAACUCCGAAGGCCAACAUGGCCCUCGCGCGGGUCGGAUCUCUGGAGAUGCUCGAAUAGCGCAGCUUGAGCGCAGUGUGAAAGUGCUGCAGGAUCGCGUGAAGGACUUGGAGCAGAACGCAGGGGAAGUUGGUCAAAAUUGUCACCAAGAUACAGAUUCUCUGCCAUUGAAUAGGACUCUUGGUCGUGUCGAUGGUAAAUCUAUAAAAUCGGAUCAACCCCAAACCUUCAUCUCCCCUCUCGCACCUCGCAUCAAAAAUGAUGACGGAAAGAUAAAAUUGUUUGGUACAACCCACUGGGCUCUUGUGUUUCAACAGUUCCGUCUUUUCCGUCAAGUACGCAGCAAAGGUAGCUUUGCAGAUGACGAACAUAAUCAAAUCAGCCAGUCGCUCACAGAUGCUCGAAAACUGAGAUAUCGCAUCAAGAAAUGGCAGGCACCGCGUUUAGAAGAUCCCGCACCAGGUCUAUUGAGUGACUUGCCCCCAAGAGAAAUAUGCAACGAGCUCGUCCGGCAUUACUUCCGCACGCUUGGCAUGAUAUACCGUGUACUGCAUGUUCCAACGUUCUAUCAAGAAUACGAGCGUUUCUGGGAGGAUCCUCACUCGGCUCCGAGAGGAUUUAUUCUCAAGCUUCUGUUGAUUCUUGCGAUUGGCUCUAUCUUCUACUGCAGGCCUGGUCCAUUAAAUGAGCUUGGUCUGCCAAUCCAGCGAUGGGUUUAUGCAGCACAAUGGUGGCUAUCCGGCCCAUUCUCAAAGGAGACCGGCAAUCUAGAGGGUUUGCAGGUGUACUCUUUGCUUCUACUUUGCCGGCAAGCUUACGCCAUGGAUAAGGAAUCCAACUGGAUGUCGGCUGGGAUGUUGUUACGACAAGCAGUAGGCCAGGGACUACAUCGUGACCCGUCCAAUUUCCCAACAGUGUCAGUCUUUGAUGGUGAAAUGCGGCGUCGGGUUUGGGCAGUCAUACUGGAACUCAAUGUUCAACUCGCCAUCGAUGCCGCUAUGCCACCCCUGCUUUCUCAAGCUGAUUAUGAUACUCGACCCCCAGCCAAUUUAGAUGACGAUGAUAUCGAUCCAUCUAUCACAGUUUUACCACCUGUUCAGCUUGGAGAUUUCUUUACGGACUCUUCGUUGCAAAUUCUCCUUUUGCAGUCAUUUCCAACUCGCUUGCAAAUUGCCAGAACUAUCAAUGAGUGUGGCCAGGAACCACUCUAUGAGACCACUUUGCAGCUGGGAAAUCUACUUAUUCUAGCCAGUAAAGAAAUGGCUGCGCUGUUCCAUACAUAUAUGGCACAUUCAAGAUCCAAGUACCGACCAAACCAAUUUCAUCAUCGAAUUAUGGAUACCCUACUGCGACGAUUCUUGUUAAACUUAUACCGACCAUUCACAAUCCAAGCCGCAAAGGACCCCCGUUUCUACCUUGCCCGAAAACUGAGUCUCGAUUCCGCUCUUAUUAUGGCUUCAUAUGGAGAGAGUCCACAUGACACUACAGACACAGACCUACAACCUUAUCAAGACUUCCAACGACUUGCAUUAUCGGGAUCGGGGUUAUUCAAAGCACACCUAUCUCUUGACAUUAUUAUGGUAAUCUCAUCUGAAUUGAUCACACAACUUGAAGAAGAAUUCGUCAUUCAACCAGAAGGUUGUUCCCCACUGAUUUCAACGGCGGUUGAUCAUAUUGCACAAGCUGCCCGGGCACCCUUGAUUCAGGCUUUGGAGCGUAUGAAGAGUCACCUUUAUGACAGCCUGCAGGCGGGCAUUCCGAGCAUGAAACGGUACAUUUUGCUCGGGGGAGUGCUGGCACAAAUUCAAGCAAGGCAAAGGGGAGAAAAAAUAGAAAUGGCCAAUAUCCGUGAAGCGCUUAUGGUGUCCAUGCAGACUUGCCGUGAAUUACUCUCGAAACAUAUUACUAAAUCUCAAGUUGUGGAAGAUGGGGCCCUGCAAACAUCCAUCGGUGAUUCCAGCAUUUGGACACCCGAGAGUGCAUUUGGUUCCAGCUUAGGCUCGGAUAUAAUGUUUCCUGAUCUCGGACUGGAUGAGUUGAACUUUUGGGAUAUUCCUUCCUUUGUCGAUAGUAGCACAUUUGAUCCACCUUGUCUUUGA